GUGUUGACAACAGCGAGUACAUGAGGAAUGGAGACUUCUUACCCACUCGCCUGCAAGCCCAGCAGGAUGCUGUCAACAUCGUGUGCCACUCCAAAACCCGCAGCAACCCCGAGAACAACGUGGGGCUCAUCACCUUAGCCAAUAACUGUGAAGUGUUGACCACGCUGACGCCGGACACGGGCCGGAUCCUGUCAAAGCUGCACACGGUGCAACCCAAAGGGAAGAUCACCUUUUGCACGGGGAUCAGAGUCGCUCACCUGGCGUUGAAACAUCGCCAGGGCAAGAACCACAAGAUGCGAAUCAUCGCCUUUGUCGGGAGCCCGGUAGAAGACAACGAGAAAGAUCUGGUGAAACUGGCAAAGCGUCUGAAGAAAGAGAAAGUCAACGUUGACAUCAUCAAUUUUGGAGAAGAGGAAGCCAACACGGACAAGCUGACUGCCUUCAUUAACACCUUAAAUGGCAAAGAUGGCACCGGCUCCCACCUGGUGACAGUGCCACCAGGGCCC